GAUCCAAGCUGCUGAUCUGCACGCAUCAGUUUUAUUUUAAUAAUCACUGUUUUGUUUUCCUCUCCAGUCAAACACUCGGUGCUUCAGAGGCACAAAGAGGAAGUGGAAGGAGAAAUUAACAGAAACACGCAGCUCCAUCUAUGGCUCCCACAGUCCUCAUCGGAAAACUCGCGAAGUCCGCCUCCCAGGAGCGGGCUGUGGAGCAGGAUGAAAGGUCCGCUGUGCUCUACGGAGUGUGAGACCUUCAGGAAAUAUCACUUGCCAGGUGCUCCCCCCCUCACGGGACAGAACCAGACACCCUUCUCUCCUCUCAGCCUGGAAAUUAGAGGCUCAGAUCUGCCUUGCGUGCAGUGCGCGUCCUUUCCAGAACUCUCCUCACUUUCUCCUGGAGAUCCUUCAGGGUGCCACCGUCGGUCUGAACUUUUUGAGAAAACUUCGGUCCCUGGAUUACAGCCAGCGAACCUGGCAGCGUUGAGCGUCCAUGCUGGGUGCGCAGUGACCAUCGUGCGCUCGGCAGCGGGGGUUGGAAACGCAGCCUCGGUGUGGUAAAAGUCCUGCAAAGUCUCACGAAGUCCAGGGGCGACAGCUGCAAAGAUGCCGGUCCGGAGGGGCCAUGUUGCUCCGCAGAACACCUUCCUGGAUACUAUCAUCAGGAAAUUUGACAGUCAAAGUCGUAAGUUUGUCAUCGCCAAUGCCAGAGUGGAAAACUGCGCCAUCAUUUUCUGCAACGAUGGUUUCUGCCACAUGUGCGGUUACACACGCGCUGAGAUCAUGCAGAAGCCGUGCACGUGUAACUUCCUGUACGGACCCGACACAAAACGACUGGCCAUCGCCCAGAUGGCGCAGGCCCUGCUGGGGUCAGAGGAGCGGAAAGUGGAGAUCAACCUGUACCGAAAAGACGGUCAGAGUUUCCUUUGCAUGGUGGACGUGGUGCCCGUAAAGAACGAGGAUGGCGUGGUGAUCAUGUUCAUCUUGAACUUCGAGGUCAUGACUGAGGAAACACUCCAAGACCACAAACAGGAGCUGAACCACCGUUUGCCCACCUGGCUCGUCACAGGUCGUCCACGAGGCUUUAAAUUGCGUCUUCCCCCGCUCCGUUCCCUAUCCAACAGUAAGGCGUCACUGGAUGACGCAGAGGCCGGUCAGAUCCCCACUGCCACCCCUCUGCCUCUGCAUCCGGACCUCCGCAGUCAUGCAUCUUUAGGCCUGGGGGAAUUCUUGCCCCUGCCCCCUUUGCCAGCAGACCACCAGGAGCAGCUAAGUGGAAGCAGGUUGGCUCUUCAGAGCUGGCCUGAAGACCGACAGGAGGACCAGCGUACCUUACUGUGCUCCGAGCCUCCAGUGUGCCCCCCUUCAUUUCCUCCACACCUGGUUGGUCCCCUCAACCAGUCGUCGCCCUGCGUAGUGCCCCACCAUCGCCUCAGCCUCAACCCGGACGGCUCGGGCUCCAACUGCUCUCUGUCUCACAGCCGCUCCAGAGAAAGUUUCCACAGCAUGCGUCGUGCCUCCUCCGUAGACGAGAUCGAGGCCAUGAGACCCGAAUGGGACCGAAAGAACCGGAGAUCCAGCAUCCGGCCGGCCAGCAGCAGCACCGGUGCAGUGAACAGCAAGUCAAACAUACUGAAUUCCACAUCCGACUCUGACCUGAUGCGGUACCGCACCAUCUCUAAAAUCCCUCAGAUCACACUCAACUUUGUGGAUUUCAAACCUGACCCCCUAAUCGCUCUCCCCACUGGGGAGAUGGACAUCAUAGCUCCCUGCAAGCUUAUUGACCGCACACACAACGUCACAGAGAAAGUCACACAGGUGCUGUCUUUGGGUGCAGACGUGCUGCCAGAGUACAAGCUUCAAGCUCCUCGCAUCCACAAGUGGACGGUGUUGCACUACAGCCCCUUCAAGGCGGUGUGGGACUGGCUCAUCCUGCUGCUGGUCAUCUACACAGCCAUCCUGACGCCCUACUCAGCCGCAUUCCUCCUUAAUGACCAGGAGGAGGCAGCCAUGCAGAGAUGUGGUUACUCCUGCUCUCCUCUCAAUGUGGUGGACCUCAUUGUGGACAUCAUGUUCAUCAUUGACAUCCUCAUCAACUUCAGGACAACAUAUGUGAACUCUAAUGACGAAGUCGUGAGUCACCCGGUGCGCAUAGCUGUUCACUAUUUCAAAGGCUGGUUCCUCAUCGACAUGGUGGCUGCUAUUCCCUUUGACUUGCUCAUCUACCGCAAUGGAGAAGAGACCACCACUCUGAUAGGUCUGCUUAAAACUGCUCGUCUGUUGCGAUUGGUGCGCGUUGCCAGGAAGUUGGAUCGCUACUCAGAGUAUGGAGCUGCUGUCCUCUUCCUCCUCAUGUGCACCUUUGCGCUCAUUGCUCACUGGCUGGCCUGCAUCUGGUACGCCAUUGGUAGUGUGGAACGGAACGGUUCGAUAGGCUGGCUCCACACACUGGGGGACCAGCUGGGAAAACACUUCAACGACUCCAUCCCAGGUUCAGGACCUUCCAUCAAAGACAAGUAUGUGACGGCUCUGUACUUCACCUUCAGCAGUCUGACCAGUGUCGGAUUUGGAAACGUGUCACCCAACACCAACUCCGAGAAAAUCUUCUCCAUCUGCGUCAUGCUCAUUGGAUCCCUGAUGUAUGCCAGCAUCUUUGGGAAUGUGUCCGCCAUCAUCCAGCGGCUCUACUCAGGAACAGCCCGCUACCACACCCAGAUGCUGAGAGUCCGGGAGUUCAUCCGUUUCCACCAGAUCCCCAACCCUCUCAGACAGAGACUGGAGGAGUACUUCCAGCAUGCCUGGUCCUACACCAACGGCAUUGACAUGAACGCAGUACUGAAAGGCUUCCCCGAGUGUCUCCAGGCAGACAUCUGCCUCCAUCUGAACCGGACAUUGCUGCAGAACUGCAAGGCCUUUAAAGGCUCCACCAAGGGCUGCCUCAGGGCGCUUGCCAUGAAGUUCAAGACAACCCACGCACCCCCGGGUGACACACUGGUCCACGCCGGAGACGUCCUCACUGCCCUCUACUUCAUAUCCAGGGGAUCCAUUGAGAUACUAAGAGGAGAUGUGGUGGUAGCUAUCUUGGGUAAAAAUGACAUCUUUGGCGAGCCAAUCAAUCUGUACCCCCGUCCAGGUAAAUCCAAUGCUGAUGUGAGAGCACUGACGUACUGUGACCUUCAUAAAAUCCUCAGAGAAGAUGUUCUUGAAGUGCUGGACAUGUAUCCUGAGUUUGCAGAUCACUUCUGGAACAACCUAGAAAUCACCUUCAACCUCAGAGAUACCAACAUGAUCCCAGGUUCUCCCAGCAGUGAUGAUUCCACCUGCGGGGGGUUCAAUAAACUACGAAGACGGAAGCUAUCGUUCCGAAGACGCACAGAAAAAGAUGAUGCAGAUGCUGGAGAAGUUAAAAAGUCCCAUAAGUCUUCAAGGCGAAAACAGCGAGAAGCAGCCAACAACCAGAAGGAGAAGGAGGAUGCAACCAAGAGACAGUGGAGGGCUCAUCGGAGCUCAGUUUCCUCACACUCCAGUGGUGAUGAGGGGGAGGAAUCAGUUGUGACUGGCCUCGCUCCACCUGCAUUGUUGGAGACUCCGAAGGCUCAAGCCCCACCCAUGACCUUCAGAGAGAACAUCGAGGGUGAAGGAGACCCCAAGACUGGGAACACCUGCAACGCCCUGUCAGGAGCAUUCUCAGGGGUAUCCAACAUCUUCAGUUUCUGGGGAGAAAGCCGGGGGGGUGGUCAGUACCAGGAGGUCCCCAGCUGCAGUCUGGGCUCUCCUCCUCCCCUCAACACACCGCUGCACAGCCUGAGCCGACAGCAACGCAACCAGUUGGACUCGCGUCUGGACCUGCUUCAGAAACAGCUCAACAGGUUGGAGAGUCGCAUGUCAACGGACAUUGGAGUUAUCAUGCAGCUGCUGCAGAGGCAGAUGACCCUGGUUCCUCCUGCAUACAGCGCUCUUUCAUCACCGCCUCAGCCCUCAUCCUACCCUGGUCCCGAUCCAGGACCAGGUCCAGCGGAGGGAGCAGCUCUGCCUGUCACACCUCUAGAGACAGAUACUCUGGCCUCCCUAUCACAGAUCUUGGACACCCAGGGCUUUGAAGAGUUCCCAGCCAAGCCCCAGGACUCUUCUUUGAUCACCAUCAGCCAGAACCAGCUAGCUGCCUCUGGACUGGACAGCCUGGGCCAGCAUCUGCAGUUGGAGCUGGGACUUGGAGCCACUAUCAUUUCAGGGGCAGCUGCAGGUUCAGGUUUAGAAUUUGGGAAUGAGACACAAGUGGAGUCUGGUUUAGGAGCAGAGUUACACUUUGCAUCAGGGGUAUGUAUCGAGGCUCAGGUUGGGCCAGGGGCCUCACCUUCAGAUCCUGAAAUCCAAAGGAGGCUGUCGCUCCAAGAACUACAGACACCGCUGAACUUACGGACACCACAGAGACACAGCUCCGACCCAGGGGGAAGAUAAGGAAGAGGUGGAGAGGAGGAGAAGGUCGGGAAGCUCCCGCAGUAUCUACCACGUAAACCCUUUAGGACUCUCAGCUUCUACAUCCUCACCAUCAAUCUGCUCAGAGAGAUAUGGAGCUUUCUGCUGCUCUGCAACAGUAUAACCUUUAACCAAAACCACAACUAGAGCGCUGGGAAGCCUCCAGAUCAGUCUGCUCUGGGCCUCACCAUCAUCAUCAGUGGAUGAUGCGUCUUCACUCACAAUGUUAAAAAACAAUUCACUUGUAGAAGAAUCCCUUUACUGCUGUAUCCAGUGUUGGAUGACUGACAAGAACAAGCAAAGACAACAUUGGACAAAGUAACAAUGAAAAAAGUAGCCAUUUAUGUCUUGCACUGAAAACCUUAAUAUAAUAAUUAUUCUUACUCUAUAUGUCCAUGGCGCUUCCGAUAAACUCAUAGACUGGUUAGUAAAUCGUAGUGUUAGCUGGCCUAACAGAAAUCCUGCUGUCCCAUUAUGUUAUUGGCUCCCUCACCAUGAAGUCCUGCCCCCCAGAAGCAGAGCUGAUGCUCUGUUUGUCCUAGAGCACACUGGAUUGGCUGGUCUGCAGCUGUGGGGCGGGAGCUGGAGAGUUAAAAGCCAUGAAUUCUUGAUGAACAUAUCAGCUGCCCUAUCAUAAACAUUGUACAGAUUUGCUAGUGAGUACAGAGCAUGUGAUGAGCUUUAGGCAGUGCCGCUGAUAGGUAAACUGGCAAACUUAAAGGUUUUCCAUCAAAGCAGAGCACCAAAAACCAAAACUCUUUAACAAAGCAGGAAACCCAGGCACACUUACUCCAGGAGAAGGAGCAGCCACCCGGUCCCAGCUCAUGCACAAAGUAACCAGGAUGAGGGAUUUUACUUUAUCGUUGUUGAAUUUGCUACCUCAGAUUUCAUUGGUCCUUAUUUUGUUCACCUAAACAUGCACCCAGAAUGCUUUUUACCAUGUGAUGCAUGAAUCUACAAGUUUGCCAGUUUACAGCGACCAGCUGAAUUAUUCAAUGUACAGUACAAUAUGCAAACACUGGCUAAAAGAAAGGAGUGUAUUCUCCUCGUGAGCAGGA